AUGACAGAGGUUUCCGCCGCCUUCGACUAUGCAUCUCAGGGUCGCGUGGCUCAGCUUGCCCGCACUUAUUGGCUGCCCUCUUCAGAUUCGACCGGUCAGACCAAAAAACCCUUCAAGCCUGAUUUACUUGAACGCAUCUACCUGGAGGAUCUUAUUAGCUUCGGCUUUUCGCAUCGACGCUGUAUGACCCUCGAACUGUCGCAGUACUUGGAGGCCUACCUGUGGCCGAACUUCAACAAGUUCAGCAGCCGGGCACAUGUAAUCUCCAUUUGCGCAAUGGUCAACGAAAAGGCACGGGAGCGGGUUCCAAUUUGGCAGUGUUUCCUGGAUUUACCAUCAAACUUCGAUGUGCUCAUUGACCGCAUCCUGCGCAUUCUCGUAGACGAACCCCUUCAACUGGAAACUGGUGCUGCCAUCAGCAACGAAGUGCUGAAGAAGCGUCUAGCUGAACACAUAGUUCUCAUCACCUUCCUCUCGCACUGCUUCACUAAUCUCGCCGAAGUCGGCGUCCUUAGACAGGCUUUGAAGGACAUGUACUGUCUGGCUGUUUGGCGUCAUCUUCAGCCGGCUCGUCUGGAAAAGGAGUUGGAAGCAGUUCCGCGUUACCGCAAACUCCUGCACAAACUUGAGAAGCGGGCUGCGGCCCUAACAGAUCCUCAGGAGGCCGACCGGUUAGUCACCGAACGGUCCUUUGUAGCCAGGUUCAUCGAUCGAUUUCUACAAAUCGUAGAGCAACAUCCAAAAGAUGCUGGGGAGAUCGAUCCUCUUCUGGCUCACUAUUUGCAGAGAUGUCUUCUCCUACUCAUCGAUCUGUCCAGCAUGCUCCUGACCCGCCGUUUUCUAAUCGUUCUCAUAGACGACCGUCAGACAGUCAUCCGCUGUCAAACUUGCCGUCUAUACAAGGAGAAUAAAGAGGGCUGCCUGUUUUCCGAACUGGUCGACGUAUUUGCCUUUUACGCUUUGUUUCAGGUUGACAAGACGACCGGUGAGGCUGUUGACGCUAUUGAAUUAGAUCGCAGACACUGCGCUCAGCUGAAUCAACUUCGGCUGGAAGUGUUCGCUUUGAAGCGGGAGGACUUCUAUCGCGAUUUUGCUGUGUCUAACCCAGCGGCGUGUGAAACGAAGGAAAAGUUGUCGGAGUUCUUCCACAAGCUGCACGUUGAUGAGCUGCGCGAUCUGGCCGCCCGGUUUGCCUUUCUGCCGCCGAAGGAAGAGGAUGUGUCAGAGCCCGCCUCUAAACGCACGAAAUCCAACGACGCUCCCCUCCUUGCCCAUCAACCUGCCUUCCCUGAUUACAUUUUUGAAAAGGAGAUGCUCAUUAAGGCAAACCUUCUGUGGAAUGAGAAUCUCGUGCCGACAGAGUUCUGCUCAGGGGAGGAAUGUCUUGCCCUACCGAAAUUGGGUCUCCAAUUUCUUACCCUGCAGGACUAUCUUGUGCGCAAUUUCACACUCUUUCGCCUGGAGUCCACCUUUGAAGUUCGACAGGACCUAGAAGACGCCAUCACCCGAAUGAAGCCGUGGAGCGGCGAGCAGAAUCAGGUGGUCUUCGAUGGCUGGUCUCGGAUGGCCCUGCCAAUCCAGGCCUUCAACAUCAUCGAAGUGGUUAAAGUCGAGCGCUUAUCGGGUGGUCAGGUAUUGGAGAGGGGCCAUAAAAGCCUGUUUCGUGAAGUAAUACAUCACAAGUUUAUGAAAGGUCAAAUGUACAACCCACGGAAGCCUUUCCUUUCUCAAAUCGGUAUUGUCGCGGUUCGAGGCUGUGAAAUCGAAGGGCAAGUGGACAAGGCCGGAAAACUCAUUCCAGAUGAGGAGCGUUUUGGGAUUGUGCCUGCGAAGAGUAAGCGGCACCGCCACUUCCUUUUUUUAAACUAA